CUCGUGCCUAUUGUUCAAGAUAUUGAAAACAAGUUAGCCCAGUUCGACAAAGCACCACCGAUUGACUGGGACGCAGCUGUAAAAAGGCUGAACAGUUACGAAAGGCAAUACCAUACUGCCAUCGAAACUGCAGUAGCAUGCACAAGGACGACAUCAGGAGUUAAAAGGAGAGAUCCAAAUCGAGAAUCUGACGAUAUUCCAUUCAACUAUUACGUGCCACUUUUAAAUGAUUUUGAUGUUGGGAAAAUUCUUGGCAGAGGAAGCUUUGGAGCGGUUUACGAGGCAAAGUAUCGUGAUGAAGUUCAAUGUGCAAUCAAGGUGAGUAUCGCUCCAGUUCUGCAAGGCGACGAGGGUGGCCAGAAACGCGAGCUGAGCCUUAUUGACAAAGUCGUUGCGAGUGUCGUAAGCAAUCAUCCUUUCGUCGUCCGAUUCCUUGCCUGUUUCGUUGCCGGGGUCCCGGCCACUUCGGAAGCUCAAGCACGAUUUCCAGAUACGCACCUACGAGCUUACCUAACCGUCAUGGAGCUUGUGCAAGGCGUUGACCUUUCCGUGUGUGUAACAACUACUGUUAAAUUCGCGACGAGGUUUCGUCUUUGUGGGCGCGAGUUAGCAAUCCACAUUAUCGCACAGCUGGCCAUGGCCGUCGAGCAUUUCCACUUUUGCGGGCUGAUCCAUCGGGACAUCAAACUCUCAAACAUUAUGAUAUUGCAUAAUGCGCGUGUGAAGCUUAUCGAUUUCGAUGUGUCGAAAAUCUGCAUAGCUCACUUUAGCCGUAUUUAUUCCUUGUCGUAUUUUCGCCGAACGUAUGCGGAGUUUCGAGUAUCAGAGAAGAUUGGUACAGCCGCAUAUAUGGCGCCUGAGCUUCAUCUUGGUCAACGAUUUGGUCGUGCCAUAGACUGGUGGUCGUUGGGAGUCGUAGGCUAUCGUUUAUUUCUCGGCCGACUGCCAUUUCGAGGUACGACAGAAAAGAUGGUGGAUCAGAUCACGAACCAAAACCUCAACUGGAGCAGUAACACAUCAAAAGUCCCGGGCAUGAAGGACUCCAAGGCACGUUGUAUUAAAGAGUUUCUAGCGAGUAUUCUACACAAAUCUCCAUUGCACCGAUUAGGUUCGCGCUCAUACGAUGACAUAUUCGGACAUGAGGUAUUUUUAGGGCUCGAGUGGGAAAAGCUGUCGCGUAAAAACUUUGAUUGUCCUCCUCUAAAGGAACUUGUUGGCCAGGAGUCUUCAGGAGGUAAUCGGGUGUACGAAGAAAACCCAGUCAUGGACGGAGCACGUAUGAAACAGGGCAGGCGACUUAAACCUCCUGCUUUUCAAGAGCUUGAGGAUAUUCCAAAUGUCCAACACGUGAAGCUCUAUACGUUCAUUUCGGCCACGAUCAAAAAUCUCGUCUCAAAAAAAGGUGGAACCAGUGAUUUUCUCGACGAACCUCCUUCGGUGCGACAUAUCACGAAGCUUUGUCGCAGAAGUAUCGGUGAAGAUUCUCUAUCUGGGGAAGUGGGCCAAACUUGUGAGCUCGCCCGCACGAACCCGGACACAGUGAAAUUCGUCUGUGAUAUGCAUCGGAAAAGAUUCUGUCCGUACCAACGCACACCUGUUCUUUUUGAGCAGAUGCCUGGUUAUGACGGUCAGCAGAAAUUAGUAGUUCGGAAAGUUAAUCAUCCGGCCUUGAUUUCAACUCUCUAUGAGGGCGACGUAAUUGCCCGAAUCGCCGGAGCCGAUAGUGCGCUCUGGGAUAGCCACUCCGCCGAAAGUCUAUUCUCCAUUCAGAGUUGUGUACCUAUCGAGGUGAUAGCCGAUAAUGCAUUCCGCUUUGCAACAACUAGCUCACUUGCGGUGGACGAUCUGCAGACUCGCUAUGGCAUUAUCUCGGUCGACUUUGUACAAGCCGGCAAAAUCGCUUGCCCGGUAUUCGGUAGUAUGACAAAGUGGCCUUACGGUUUCGAAUGUCGUGCGCUGAAGUAUUGGAAUCUCAAAACCAUGGCGACGAGUAGGGUGAUUGUCGUGGGGCGUUUCGAUUUGCACAAACAACAAACAGCUGAAGCAUCUUCGAAGUUGUUUUUCGGCGAUGUCAUCCUGUCCGUGAACGAAGUAGUCGAGGUUGAUGCGUGUCUUCGAGUCCUCAGGGGAAACAGGGAGCUUAAGAAUGUUAAAGCUGUGCCGUGUUCCCCGUUAAGGAAUCCCCUCAUCAACACGAUUACCCCACCAGAUUACCGAGAGCGAAGUUAGCAGCUGCCAACUACAUCCUUAAGGGAUGAAAAAGAUAUAUGAACACUCAUCAUAUAUUUUGUGCGUUGUGCGUUCUAAGGUAUGUUUCAGACGGACUGGCAGUGCAAGAUACUGUCGAUAUUGAGAAGUGUAUGAUAAGAAACGAAUCAACUUUGUUAGACGCUAUCGUUCUCAAAAAUGAUUAC